AUGUGGGGCUUACGACUCCGAUCCCUGCAAAAACAGUGGACACCAGCUCGAACCCGAGCUCUUUCAAGCUUCAAAAGCCAUGCAUCUCCGCGUGGUCCUCGCAAUAGCAUAAAAAGACCAAAUCUCAUCCAGACUUUGAGGAAAGCCGAACCUCUGAAGCAGCCUGAGCCUGGUGCCCCUGAGCCCCAAGAUGACACAAAUCAAAAUUAUGACCCCUCGCAAAACACUCUACUUUCUCCCGUUCACGUGUCUGAAGAUCCCAGAGGUGUGCUUAAAGAAAACCACCCCGCAACUUCAAUACUGGCGAAUUCAGGAAUAGUCGUACAACGAGAGCUAGAGAUGAUGAAUGUUCUGAUUGGAUUUGAACAAGCGAAUAAGUAUAUCAUCAUGGAUGCGCAGGGAAACCACAUUGGAUAUAUGGCAGAACAGGAUAAGGGAUUGGCAAGUACAAUGGCACGGCAAUGGUUCCAUACCCACCGAAGUUUUGUGACACAUGUAUUUGACCGACAAGAAAACGAAGUUCUUCGAUUCAAUCGCCCGUUUUCUUGGAUUAACUCUCAGAUCCAUGUAUAUGAUCCUCUUGAUCAAACCCCAAAUGCUCACUCGGCGUCCACAUCUCUUCAAAGCACAACCCCCGGUUCUCUCAUUGAGCCUGGCGCCAGAUCGAGUGCAAGGGUAUCCCCACUCGGUCUUGGUCAAAUGCGAGUUAUCGGCGAAGCCCAGCAGCAGUGGGCACCUCUGCGGCGAAAAUACAAUCUCUUCACUCAUCACCAAUCGCCAAACCCGGAAACAGAUAUGGGAACCCGUGAUAUCUCGCUAUCUGACUCUGGUUUAUCACAAGCACAGCAGAUGCAACUAGUGCGAACAUCCGACCAAAACCAUGGCCAAUUCAAUCAAUUUGCCUACGUCAAUGAGCCCUUUCUAUCAUGGGAUUUCUCCCUGAAAUCAGCAGAUGAUCAGUUAGUCGGAUCCGUUAAUCGCAAUUUCGCAGGCUUUGCUCGCGAAAUCUUCACAGACACCGGUGUCUACGCAAUACGAAUGGAUUCCGCAGCUCUCGGCACCGAGACGUCACACAGCAACAAACCCUUAGGCAUGACCCUCGACCAACGUGCUGUCAUGUUGGCUACAGCCGUAAGCAUCGAUUUCGAUUACUUCAGCCGCCAACAUGGCCAUGGUGUAUUUGGCCUUUCGCCGUAUGGGUUCGGUAUGGGCGGCCAGGCUCCCGCUGGCGGUGCAGCUGCAGAAGGCGCUGCCGCCGGUGAAGCCGGUGCCAUUGGUAGAGUCGCUGGAGGGACUCUUGAGCGAGUUGGAACUGCUGGUGGUGUGCCAAAUGGUAUGGUUUCAGGUGCUACCACUGCAGGUGCAAUGGCCGGGUAUGAAGCAAUGCAUAGAGGCAACACAGCCGAUCCAAAUGCCUCAGCACCGGAGCCGGUAGAUCCGGACUCACAAGGCUUCCAGGAUAGACCUCAAGACCCUUGGGGUGAAGGUGGCUCUUGGGGUGACGAAGGAGGUGACAUUGGUGACGGCGGUGAUGAGGGUGAUUAUUUCGACUGGUGA